AUGAUGAGGUACCAAAGGCUGAGCCCGGACUGCCUCCCCCUCGGCAACGGCGGCAGCGGCGCCGUGCCCCGGAAGCAGGCGUCCAGAUCCUCCUUCAUCAAAGACGACGACGCCCCGGCCGUGGCCACGGACGGCUCCCGCCUCGCCUCGUACCUCGCGGCCUCCCCGCACGAGUCCAAGCCGCUGCGCGCCCGCGCGCCGCAGCCGGCGCCUCUUUCUUCGGCGACGGCCGGCCGGAGCCCAGCGCGCGAGCACGCGCACCACCACACCUCCGACUCCUCCGACACUGCCUCCCCGAGCUCCACCGGCGGCGGCGGCGGCGCUGUCGUCGGCGACGUGCUGCUGCAGUGGGGGCACAACAAGCGGUCGCGCUGCCGGCGCGACUCGGCCACUGCCGCGCCGUCCGCGCAGCGCCGGCAGUCUGCCAUCGGCGGCGGCGGGGUCAAGAUCCAGCGGCGCGCGUCGGCGCCCGCGGAGAAGCUCAUGCCGCCUCCGCCGACCGCCGCCAGUUCCUACACGCGCGGGUCCAACCUGCGGUCGGCGUCCUCCUUCCCGUCCCGCGCCUCCGCCGCCGCCGCCGCAAGCAGCCACCACCCGCCCCACCACCACCACCCCAGGUCCGUCGAGGAGCGAUCGUCAAUGAAGCGGUCGUCGCCGGACAAGGGGCACAAGUCCUCCGCCAUGGACGCCAUCCUGCACAUGGAAUCCAAGAACUAUCACCACCAGCACGACUCGCCGUUGACCAGCAACGGCGCCGCCACCGCGGGCGAGAAGCUGGGCGUGGAGCGGUUCGAGCUGCCGCGGAUCUACAUCUCGCUGUCGCGAAAGGAGAAGGAGGACGACUUCCUUGCGAUGAAGGGCACCAAGUUGCCCCAGCGGCCCAAGAAGAGGGCCAAGAACGUGGACAAGACCCUCCAAUUUGUCUUCCCGGGGAUGUGGUUGUCAGAUUUGACGAAAGGCCGGUACGAGGUGCGGGAGAAGAAAUGCGUGAAGAAGAAGAGAAUAGGGCUGAAAGGGAUGGAGAGCAUGGACAGCGACUCGGAGUGA